AUCACAUGACGAGCUCGCCAGUCGUCAGUUGUUACUGUGAGCUACCAGAGAGAAGGUCGGAUACUUGUGUGAAGAUUGUAAUCAACAUGGUUCUUGGAGGCAUCGAAUCUGCGCCGCUUGCGCCUUACGCUUACGUCCAACAUAAUCAACUACAGAAACAUCCACUGAUGACGAUGACAAUGCAGACACCGCCGCCUAAUCAAUGCGCUGUGAGCGGUCCGCUCUAUAAACGCGCCUUUAACUUCAACGGUGAAGGAUUGGAUGAUAUCAAGUCGUUUCUAGAACUUUAUGACGUGCCUGUCGAAUCCUACGGGCAGAACAUGCGCGAUUUGUCCGCUUUUCCGAUGCAGAGAGAUAGCGGAAGUGAGCAAGAUGUAUUAGAUCUGAAACUAAUGGAGACGGCGCCGUCGCAGAAAGUUGCGGAAGCGGUUUCUCCUGCUGCUUCUCAGACGCACGAGUCGCUAAUCGAACAAGGCCAAUGCUCGAACCCUUUCUGUCCUUGUUGUUUGUCUUCGCAUAAUGUUUCAUCUCAAAGCGGUGAGCGACAAACGGCGGAGCAUCAUCACCAGAACAGUCUUAAUUCCAGUCCUACAGAAAUGCUGAGUUCGCCGUUCAAUAAUCUGGGUAUGACGUCGACUCCGUCUCCUCAGGCGCGUGGAGCAAGAGAAGAGUUCGAUGAGCGUCGCAUGUCACCUGGAAUGUCGCCUGGUAUGUCACGGCCCUAUCCUUCUGCUGUUGCUCCUUCUCAGCAGCCGAUGAUGUGGAAUCCUAGCGGUAUGAGUGCUACACCGUUCCAGCCUCAAAACGGUUUACAUGAAUUUACUGAUCCGGAUGACCUUAGUAUUCAAGGGCUACUCAAUGAUUUCAUGUCAUUCAAUGAUGGAGGUUAUCAGGAUGGCAGUGGUAGAGACAGCAGUGCAAGGUCAUCACCAUCCUACUCAGUUGAUAGGAUCUCAUCCAGCUCUCCAGGCAUGGCUCCAGGCGAUGGCAAGGGAAGUACUAUGUGCGACUCAAUGUUUACAGUCUCCUCUCCCCAAGCACAUGUAUCAUCUGUAGACCCUGGAAUUGGUAGUUCAGGCGGGAGUGUGAAUGGUGACUUUAGUCCAUCAGCAAAUCAAGAUGUCAAGCCUUUUCAUUUACCACCGACAUAUGAGCCGGGAUCAGGAGAACCUCCUGUUCGAGACAAGACAGAAGAUGAACAAGACCAUCCGAUACGUUUGGGCUGUGGGAUUGUAGUUACUGAGCGCCAAGUAGUUGAUAUGCCUGUCCACGAACUAAACCGACUGCUUUACCAGUCGAAGCUCACAGAAGCUGAGAUCUCUCUGGUCAAGGAGACGAGGAGACGAGGCAAGAACAAAGUGGCAGCACGUAACUGUAGGAAAAGGAAGCUUGAUACAAUCUCAGAGUUGGAAAAAGAAGUGGAGGAGUUAAAGGGAAAGAAAUCAAAAUUGGCCGAACAAAAGGCCAGCAUAGAGAAUGAACUUCAAACAUAUAAAGAAAAGACAGAGGCACUCACCAGGUUCAUUCUGGAGCGGGUGAAAGAUGACUCGGGUCUUAGACUGAACUCAGACGAGUUCACGCUUGAAAAGUCAGAGGACGGUCGGCUGUUUGUGUUGCAUAAACUGCGGACUGCCAAUGGGAAGACUGUUGCUGUCGUUGCUUGACUUAGUUAGGGCUCAAGAUGUCUUUAGUGUUGGUUAGGUAACUCUCUGGUUUUGACCCAGAAAGUUUCUAGUUGACAUUGGGACUGUAAUGAGUGACGAUGGUUUAUAUGAGACCAGCAGUAAUGCUGUCUGCUUAGAGUAAUGCUGUAUGCUUCAAUAAAUGUUUUAUGUAUACUAAGGUGCUUCGUAUCUUUGUAAAUUUGCGUUUGCUGUAAGCUGAAUAUGUAUAUACUUCAUUUGA